AUGCUUAGUUUUUACAGGAAGUAGUUACGUUCCCCUUCCGGGGUUUGCGGUCUUUUCUCUUCAUUCUACGGCAAUAUGGAGGCUGGUGAUGGAGAUUGGAGUGCCUUGUGGGCUGAAAAGAUUGAAAAAGCAGAGAAGGAGAAGAGGCGGGAGCUCGUACUGCAAGGGCAACUUACUGACAAGAAAAUACAACAAACCAGAAGCCUAAACCCCAAAAUAUAUUCGCUCACACUCCUUAACUAUCUGGAAAUCAGCCAGAGCCCCAGCUUGAGGGAGAUAGACGCAGGGAUUGGCAAUUUGAUUCACCUGCAGAGUCUCCUCCUGUGCAGGAAUAAACUUUCCGAGAUACCCAGAGCUGUCGGGAGUUUGAAGAGCUUGAAAGUGUUGGACGUGUCUGUCAAUGAGCUACAGGCACUGCCCGAAGAGAUAUCCCAGCUCUGCGAUCUGAACACACUCAACGUCAGCUGUAAUCAAAUCAAAGCGUUACCCACCGGCCUGAGCAAGUGCGUCAAGUUGGCAAUUAUCAACAUCUCCAAAAACGAGAUUUCAGCCUUCCCGGCUGAUUUCUUCUCCGACGACCUCGAGCUUCUCAGUACCAUCGUAGCCAACGAGAAUGCGAUUGCAGACAUUAGCGGAGAGAUAAGCAACCUUUCUGCUCUCAAGAAUUUAGAUCUUUCAAACAACAAGCUCACAGAGAUCCCCUCAGAGCUGGCAGACUGUUCCAAGCUGAAGGAGAUCAACUUUCGAGGGAACAAGCUGAAAGACAAACGCCUGGAGAAGAUGGUGAACGGCUGUCAGACCAAAUCUGUCCUGGACUAUCUGAGAGCGGGCGGCAGGGUCAAGGGGAAGAAGGACUCGGGAGAAAAAGACGACUCCAGAGAGAAGGAGAAAAAGAAAAGGCCAGAUAAGCGUCAAAAGAACAGGAAGGAGGAGGAGGAGGAGGAAGAUUUAAACAGAAUGGUGGUCAGGGUCUUGCAUGUGUCAGAUAGCCCCACUGCAGUCACUGUCAAAGUGACCGCCCUGGUGAAAGAAGUGCGGCCGUACAUUGUCUGCUGCGUUGUCAAAGGGAUGAACCUGAAAUCAGGAAAUGCAUUGAAAAGAUUCCUCACCGCGCAGAUAAAGCUCCAUGAUGAAAUCUGUGAAAAGAGAACAAAGGCAACCAUCGCCACCCACGACCUGCAGCUUGUAAAGGGACCCCUGCUGUAUGAUGCCAGAUCACCCAAAACACUGAAGAUCAUCCCACUGGGUCGCAAGGAGAUAAAGGCGGCAGACUUGGUCAGACAGCUGCAGUUGGAGGCUGAGGAGCAGAGAAAACAGAGAAAAAGACAAAACGUGUCGGGCCUUCACAAGUACCUGCAGUUACUGGAUGACAAGGAAAACUACCCUUGUGUGGUUGAUGCCGAGGAUCAUGUGAUCUCUUUUCCACCAAUCACAAACAGUGAGAAGACUAAGAUGAGAAAGUCAACCAGUGAGUUGUUCGUGGAGGUGACCAGUUCAACCAGUCUGCAGGUCUGCAAAGAUGUGAUGGACUCGCUGAUUGUGAAAAUGGCUGAGCUUAAUAAAUUUACCUUCGACCACAAGGAAGAAGCGUCGUUAGACCUCGAAACGGAUCCAGCCAAUGGUGAAACAGCUUCAGAGCCGGCAGCCAAUGAGAAUGCAGAGAAGGAAGCCUCUCCUGAACUCACAGUGCAGCAGGUUCGAAUCGUGGACACAGACGGCAGUCUCAAAGUUGUAUACCCGUCCAAAACGGACUUGAAUAUGGACAUCAGUAACCUGACUGUUGUUCGAUAACUCUUGGUACUGAUUUAUUUAAGGGCCGCUAUUGGAUUCAAGCUGUGUGGUGGUUGUUUUUCUUAAUUCAUAUGAAGUAUUUUGAAAAGCACUUGAAGUAUAUUAAUUCCACUGCCUAGGGGAUACAUUAAAGCAGUGAUGUAACAUUGAUACCACACUUUAAAGUCUGUCCUUGGUUUUGUUUCGGCCGUGUUGGAAAAACCAAUUAUAAUACUAAUAUUGGUUGAUUGUUUCUUCAAGAAACUUCAUUUUUACUUGUAUAAAACACUGCUUCUGUUGGAAGAUUUACUUUGAAAGAAAUACAAUCUACAAUAUUUUUGAUUUACUUCAUAAAGGAACAGAAUUGUAACUGUUA